AGCAGGAUGUCCUCUGUCAAUGGCACUGACUCAUAUCCCUCUGCCUUCCUCCUCCUGGGAGUCCCGGGUCUAGAAGCUUUCCAUAUCUGGAUUGCCUUCCCUUUCUUUGCUGUUUACCUGAUAGCACUUAUGGGGAAUUUCACAAUCCUGUAUGUGAUCAAGAAUGAGCAGAGUCUUCAUCAACCCAUGUUCUAUUUUCUUGCUCUUCUGUCUUUAAUUGAUCUAGGCCUCUCCACUUCUACCAUCCCCAAAAUGCUGGGCAUCUUCUGGUUCAACCUCAAGGAGAUAAGCUUUGAAGGCUGCCUCAUGCAGAUGUUCUUUAUCCACACCUACACUGGUAUGGAAUCUGUUGUACUCUUGGCCAUGGCAAUUGACCGCUUUGUUGCCAUAUGCUACCCAUUGAGAUAUACCACAAUCCUCACCAAUAGAGUAGUGGCUAUCAUGGCCUCUGUGGUAGUGGGGAGGCCAGUCGUACUUGUCAUCCCUUUCUGCCCUCUUCUCAAGCGACUUCCCUUUUGUGGACACUACAUCAUCCCUCAUACAUACUGUGAGCACAUGGGAAUUGCUCGCGUUGCCUGUGCCAGCAUAAGGGUCAACAUCAUCUACGGUUUGUUCACCAUUGCUACGCUGAUCUUAGACUUGAUCCUUAUCGCCCUCUCUUAUGUUCGGAUCCUACAAGCUGUUUUCCGCCUUCCUUCCAGGGAUGCCAGACUCAAAGCACUUAGCACGUGUGGCUCACACGUCUGUGUCAUCUUAGCCUUUUAUACACCCGCGUUUUUCUCCUUCAUGACUCACCGUUUUGGUAGAAACAUCCCUCGCUACAUUCACAUCCUCCUGGCCAAUCUGUAUGUAGUUGUUCCUCCUUGUUUAAAUCCAGUCAUUUAUGGAGUCAGGACAAAACAAAUUAGAGAACGAGUUGUGAGACUAUUUGUAAAGAAAGAGUAA